UGCUAUGGUUGGAUCCUUAUCUGGGGGAGAAGAGAAGGCAGAUGCAGUUACUCGUUCUGAUGCAAUUGCACCUGAGCUUUGCCUACCUGUGUAUGUAGAGGGGAGAUGAUACUGCAUGCUAAUGACAACAGAGAGGCAGCCUGCAGUGGCUAAUGUAAUAAGCCCCCAUGCAGAUAAGCAGCUAUGAAGACAAAGCUGCUCCAGUGUUUCAAUGAACACGUUGCCUAGUAAUGGUCAGAGUAAACCAAGCUAGAGAAAUUCCAGGCUAUGAGAGAAUCACAGGGGGCCCAUGCACAAUAAGUGGAGCUCAUCUUUUUUUUUAUUUUAGUCACCAUUCAUGAGUAUAAACAAGUGUGCUACGAUCCUGGAUUAGAUCUGUCUCGUGCCUCCCCAGAACCACUUGCGUUUGCUUGUUUCUGGUGCAUCCCAAUUCUAUGGCAACGUCAUGAUUACAGACAGUGUAAAAUGAACCUUCUCCCUUCCCACUCCACCUCUUUGCUUGGGGGAAGCUGUAAUCCUGGUGUUGCAUGUUACACAAUGGAGAGAAACCUAUGGAGUGACUCCCUCUGAUUUUAUGGCUGAUCCUGUCACAUUUUUCUGGGAGAAGCUGGGCUGGACGCAGCAGCAGUUUAUUUGUAAGGGAAGCCAGGAAAAUGUCUAGUUUGAUGGUCGAUUCUUGUAAAUUCCAGGGCUGGGCAAGAUUGUGACUCCCUUGCUCAAAUCAAGUCAUAUAUUACAUCGCAAGCAAAUCAAUGGGACUUUUCUUCAGUUUGAAUAAGAGUAUCACAGUCUAGUCCACAGCAAGGAGAACAGUCUUUAACUGGGUGUUUCUAUGCUGUAAAAGAGGAAAGGGGAAGAAUUAUGAAUAUGGAGUGUUGGAUUUAUGACUGCAGGAGAUAGCAGUCCGCAUGAAGCCCGUUUCUUCACCAUGGCCUGUGAAAGCCAAGCAGAUGGAGCUGAGAAACAAAGUCCCAUCUCCUACUGUGGGACCCAUGCAGGUGAAAGCUCCCUUCACUGGGUGAAAGAGUUCCACAAUGGCCAAGUGCUUAUGGUUCUCACUGCUAGCAAUACCUGCUCUUCCACCUUCUUUGAUAUGGAGCGUUGUGCAGAGAAGCUGAAGACCUUUGGAAUUCAGAUGACAAUGGAUCAUUGGAGAAACUUAAUUCAAAACGCCAUUCUGGAACCUGAAGUAAGAAGAUACAUGUUCUACAACUCCAGAGCUUUUGGGAUAGCCAUUGCUGUGAUUUUCUACAUCUCAAUCUGGGCAAAUAUUUACUCAACCAUGCAGCUGUAUUUCUUUGGGUGCCACUGGGAAGUCAGCAUUCUGGUGACAUUGGCUGCCAUAGCACUCACUAUAGUUGUUAUAUUGAUUAUUGACCAACAUCAAAGGAAGAUACAUGUGAAUACUGAUGUGAGGCUGGCAGCUGCCAAUGAAGUCUUCAUGAAGCACAACUUACUUCUGGGGGUUGCAGAUGCCAUGGACAGGCAUCAGAAUGUUCUACAGCUUUGCUUUGUCCAUUUCAACCUGGAGCAGUGUCUUCACUCCUUAGCAGGCUAUAUUACAGAACAGAAGAGAAACCACCAGUCAGCCCUGAGGCACAAUCUGGACCAGUUCUGUGUCACUGUGGAGACAGUGAUCCAGUCGGAUCAGGGAAGAGAAGAGGAGAGUUCGUCUGAAGAGUCACCUCUUCUACCCAAUGACAAGAAAGGGACUCUGGCAUGCAGUGAACUGCUCCAGCUCAUUCCAGAGGGAGCUCCAGAGGUGAUGGCCCAGCAGCUGUUGGUGAUCUUCAGUGGCUAUUACAUCAGACUCUUGAUCAGUGGUCAGCUCCCUCAGGUCAUCAUGUUAAGGCAUGUGGAACACAUGAAUAUCCCCUGCCUUUGCCAGUUCAUAGAGACGAAUGUGCUUGACACAGGACACUGUUGGUUCAAGGUCAGGUGACGUGAGGGGCCUGGAAAGCGUUGUUGCAAUUAAUACUGUUCAAAUACAGUGGUCCAUGGAAGAAGCCAGGGCAUAGGGAAGUCCUGGAGAGAGAUGCAACUGCAUCAGGGAUUUGUUUUGACCAAUGAGAGGUCAGUAAUGAGGUGGAGGACAUGACUUUAGUUAAAUAUUCAAAAUCCCAUUCAGAGACGAUAAAAGAGACAGACACUUAACUGCCCUCUUGCAGAGGAGCAAAAUCUCAUGUGAAGAAGUGAAUUGGGCUGCUUAGGAAUGUCCCUUCCUUACUUCUUGUCCAGUCUGUUGGCUGCCCAAUACAAAUAGUUUCAUUUAAGUGUGUUUGUAAGGAGCUAUCAACUCAUGCUGGCAAUAGUGCAAGUAAGGAUCAUGCCUGGAUGAUGCACAGCAUAUAAAGUUCAGAUUGUUGAAUGUUUAAUGCAAGGAACAUUGCAAGAUCAUGGCUCGUUAAGUUUCCUCUUUUAUGCUCCACUCAUGUUCCUUUCAUCAUGCAUGUGUGAUCCUUGCAUUUUUCCCAGCAUGGGCAAAUGACAUGGCUAUUGUCUUUGUUUUCUUGCACAGACAUGCUCUAUUUUAUUUGGCCCUGGAGAUCAGAGCAUGACAUCUCUCAUGCUUGCUCCACCCCAGCAGAAACUCACAAACUCUUAGAAUCCCAUUUGUUCUGGACUUCUGUUUGUAUUUGUUGUUUGCUAGGCACGGACACUGCACUCAGCACUGUACAAAACACAGAAGAUGUCACGACCUCUGACCUGGAGAAUUGUUAACCUAGGAGCAUGAUCAGAAACAUCCCCCACUCCCUUUUACUCUACCAGGAGUUAGGGGUGAUGAACAACUUCUAGAAGGUGCUCAGCAUCUCGCAUUAUUAGUCCUUUAAAAAACAGACAACAUGAAGCACACUAAAAAUCUAAAACAA